AUGUCGUCUUCCGGCGCGGGUGGUGGUGCUUCCCCCGCCGCUGACCCAUCUAUUGCGGAGUCCAUACAGAGGGCGCAGGCAUUAGCUGCCUCUCUCGCCCGAACUAAAGGAGUCCUGUCAACACCGCAGGUCCCACCUGCCCCGUCGGGGCCGCCCACUUCGGGCUUCUCACAUAGGCCCUCGUCGGCUUCAGCUUCGCGGGGUAGUCACUCCUCUCCCAGGGGACCGCCAUCUUUUGACUAUGGUGUUCCGCAAGAGUCGGGAUUCUCCCAAGGGCCUUCUUCGGUUUCUAGAGGACCCCAUCACCACACCCCUUCCCGCGGUUCAGUCUCGUACGAUCAAGGUGUAGGAGAAAAGCAACAGCCCCAUAUCUUGCCGGUGCCGGGGAGGAAUGAUGGCACAUGGACCUCAGUUGAUGCUGCAGCAGCUAUUGCGGCGCAGCAGAAACAGCUUAUGCAACAGCGUGCCAGAAAGGCCGCCUUGAGGGCAAUGGCGACAGUGUGCGCCGCUAUCCCCAAACCUGAUCUCAGAGACCCUGACUUGUUAGGUGCUGAUAUCAAGAAGACAGCAAGACAGUUGGAGAAUGGAGUGUGGAUAUUAGAUCUCCCGCUGCAGACAGGAGUUUGUGGGGUAACUGCAGGAAGCCCAGAUGCGUGGCAACAGCUACAGCAUGUAGAGACCAUCGCUUCCCUGAGGCGCCGUACCGGGGCUGGCUUCAUCCUUCGGGGUUCCCCUUUAUCGCAGCAGCAGCAGCAGCAGCAGCAGACGCCGCAAGGAGUAUAUGUGAGAGUUGUAGGCGAAGAUCAGGAGACAGUCUACAGAGGAGCUGUUGCUGCAUGGAGCUUUCUGGGCCCUCCGCAGUACCUCCCGGCCCCGGCGGAUGCAGCUGACGACGAAACGUUUGACUGCACAGCUGCGAUGGCAGGAGAAGAUGAUGAAUUUUUGAAGGAUGUCUGCCAGAGGACGGGUGCCCUUGUUGACAUCGAGCCGGAUCAUCCGCAAGGCGGAUACGGCCACAUGGCGGAGAGGACGGGGCUGCGCUACUCGGCGAGGGCAUGCACACAGGGCGCAACGGAAAAGGCACUAAGACUCUUGCGGUGGAGACUUGUUUGUAUUGAGGAGGCCUGGAGGCAGCACAGUGCCCAUGGAUUUACACGAGAUACCUCUCCGACAAGCCAUAGGGGAGGAUGGAGAGAAUCACCGUACGGGUCAGUCAUUGUCUUACUGCAGAAAGAUCAGCACCUUUUGAUGGGGCCGCUGCUCUUUGAGUUUGUCGUGCUUUUCCUGGUGAACGUGUGCUAG